AUGCCCUCUCAAAUCCCAAAAACAUACCACAUCCUCUUCACCCUCCUCGACCCCCUCAUAGCCCUCUGGGGAACCUCCAUCUUCCUCCUCUCCCCAUCAACAGCAACAUCCUCCUACCUCCCCUCCCUCGAACCCCCUACAUACGACCCCUCAAAAUCCCAUCCAGCAUCCUACACCUCCUCCACAUCACCCUUCCACCCAACCCCCAAUACACCCGCCGCAACAGCCCUCCAAUCCUACUCCCUGCCCCUCCACGCCCAAAUAGCAGGCCACCUCCUCUCAAACGCCCUCCUCUCCGCCCUCCUCCUCCGCGCAACCCACGACCUCAAAAUCUGGCGCAUCUACCAGCUCGCCCUCCUCAUCGUCGACGCCUCCCUCCUCUACGGCACCUUUGCCUCCUACGCCCUCCAAGGCAGGCUGGCGAACCCCUUGUCGACAUGGCGCCUAGAGGAUUGGGGAGCCUUGAGCAUCACGCUUCUGGCCGGGCUUACUAGGGCUGCGUUCCUUUUCGGGGUGGGGUUCCCGGCCAAGGAGAGGACGGUCAAGAACAAGGCCGGCUGA